AUGUUCAUUGCUGCCGCUAUUGUCGUUGCGUCCGGGAGAUCAACGCCAGUCGACUCUUGGACAACAUACCUCGUCUUCCUUGCCAUUAUCACAUUUUCGACCAUCGUGAACAUUUGGGGUAAUUCGAUCCUUGGACCUUGGAGCAACUUUGCUCAAAAGACCAGCGCUGAGUUCGUUUUCACAACUUUCAAUAACGAGACAGGAUGGUCAGAUGGAAUGGCAUGGCUUCUAGGUCUACUUCAAUCCGCUUUGUCAUUAAUUGGUUUUGACGCGGUUCUGCACAUGACUGAAGAAAUGCCCAAUCCCCAUCUGGAUGCUCCUCUUGCAAUUGUCUAUGCUAUCGGCGUUGGCGGUUCUACGUAA